UUACUUGUUUUUCAUUUUAAGCCUUUGGAUUUUGCAUACUUAAAAAUUGACCCUUUUGGUUUUCAAAAGAAAAAGAAAGGGCUUCCAGCUGAUGGGCCGCCGCGAUCCACUUUGAGGAACGGUGUCUGUUAACGGAUGAAGAGAUGACGGACAUGGAAGAGACCAGAGAGAGAGGCAGCGGGGUGAGGGGACCGGCGGCAUCCAAGAAGAAGAAGAAGAGGGAGGAGGGUUUGCAAUUUUUGGGAUACCCACGUUGAAAAUCUUUCAACUUUCCAACCUUCAUUGCAACUAUAGAAGAGAAACCCUAUAAGCUAUUACACAAAAAGCUUCUGUUUUUGGUUGAGGAGCGAGCGAGCGUGCAACGUUUGGAGCUGGCAGCAACUGGACUACGAAGGCCGCUACCUGAAGACAAGAAGCUUCAACUAAAACAAAGGUCACUUAAGAUUGUUAGUUAACUAAAGCGGAAGGAGAAGAAGAAGAGUGAUGGUUUAUUUGAAAGACAUUGUCCCUGCAGCUCAAAACAACAUAAACUCCCAAUUCAUCAUGUUGGACAAAGCAGGAGCGUCGAUUGAUGGUGAAAAUAAGAUGUGUCUGGCUUUGGUAGCUGACAACACAGCCGCAGUCAAUUUCCAGCUCUGGGGAGAAGAAUGCGAUGCAUUUGAGCCGGGUGACAUUAUUCUACUGACAAAUGGUAUAUUUUCUUUUCAAAGGAAUAAUCUCUUUCUGAGAGCUGGAAAGAGGGGAAAAGUGGAGAAAGUGGGAGAGUUCACCAUGAAGUUUGUCGAGACCCCAAACAUGAGUGAAAUCAAGUGGGUUCCUGAUCAGAAGAAAUACAUACAAGAAUCUGUCAUCUCUUCCCAUUCAAGAAUCUUUCCACCCAUGAAAUAGCACAGGUCUAUCGGAGCCACAACCCCCUACGAUAUGGCUAUGUGAAAGAAAGCUUGAGCCCAUCAUGAAUGUGUGCUGUAGUAGCUGCAUUUGCACCUAAUGGAAUUGAUAGAAUCAUGUUAACUGCCACAAUUAUCUAUCUUAAAAGGCAAAAUGCCAUUUUUGAUGGGACUGCAUCACUUCCUACCAACCAUUAGUUAUCAA